GUCGCAAUGUCAACGAGAGGUAGAGGUAACUUCGUCAAGCUAACGUUACUGGCAUUGCUAGUGACGUUUGCGUUCUUGUUGCUGUUCAGUUCUUUGCACAGUUCGGACUUGGAACUCCAAGAGUUGAACUUAAAGGAUGCAAGGCAGCGGCAGAUGGAGGAACAGGAGUUGGAACAACCGAGGACUGAAAAUGACACACCAACACAGGUGGGGAAGGCGACACCGCCACCAGUGCGAACAGUGGAGGAGCCAGUUGAUGAGGAGCUGGUGAUGCAGUUAGAAAACGAACUACCCGAGGUGGAUUAUGGCUUUUGGUAUCGUUAUGCUAAGCCAGGAAAGUAUGCCAUGAACAACAAUUGUGCUCGAUAUCCCGAUCCAUUGGACCUGCAACUUCACAAUAUUUACUGGCAGACGUUCAACAAUGCCAACGUUACAUUUCGACUGUAUUCCGCCUACGUGGAUAUGCGUACGGGCAUCAAGUCGAGGGGCGUGGUGCGUAUUCUGGCCACAGCCAAUCAAAUUGGCGUGGCAUUUCCGGUCACCCACUGUCACUUGUGGUAUGCGGGUCAUAACAAGCCAAUUACGGUACAGAUUAGCAACUUUGUGAGUGUAUGGAUCAAAAGCUGGGGCUACAAGCCACUGCUGAGCUAUCCCCACUUAUUGAGUUGCCCUGUACCCGAUGCUCUGCCUCCAAAUGUCAUCCUGAAAACACCGAGCACCAUCUCUCUGGUGAGCAGCCCUUGUGAGCAUGCCACAAAUUCACUGCGCAUUCACUACGAACAGCCCAAUAACACGAUCAGUACAAGCUCCCAACUCCACGCUUUGAAUGCAACGUCGAGACGUCAGCUUAGCUUUGGUGUUUGCGUUAAGGGAUUCGAUUUCCCUUACAUUGAUCUAUCGGCACGCCUUAUCGAGUGGUUCGAGCUGCAGCGUCUGCUAGGCGCAUCGCGCAUUUAUGCCUACAUGUACGAUGUGCAUCCGGCGGUGCAGCGUGUUCUGGAUUAUUAUCAGCGCACUGGUUACCUGGAAUUGCGCCCCUUGACCAUGGCCAAUGGCAUGCCCAGGCUACGACAGUAUCAGCACAUGCUGAUCCAGCAAAGGCGACUGAUUAAGCGACUCAACGAGCUGAUACCCUAUAAUGAUUGCUUCUAUCGAAACAUGUAUCGGCAUGACUAUCUCCUUAAUGCGGACAUCGAUGAGGUGAUAAUGCCACUCGGCGCUUUACGCACCUGGCAGGAAAUCCUUGACACAGAUCAGGCGUUGACCUUGAAGAAUUGUCCCAAUGGAUUCGUCUCACUGUGCUUUAUAAACACCUACUUCACCAAGGUGGUGCCAGAGGCCCUCAACCACGAGCAGCUGGAGGCAGAUGAGCUUUAUGUCCUGCAGCACACGAUGCGGCAUCAGAACUACUCGCUGCCCAAUCGUGCAACAAAGUGUUUUCACAACACUCGCUACUCGGAGACGCUGCAUAACCACUUCACUUUAAAGUGGCUAAAAGGUGGCUGCCAACCCCGCACCAUAGACGUCAAGUUCGCCCAAAUGCAACACUAUCGCGAGCCGGAUAACAAAUAUAAUCAUUCCGAGUUGGUUGAGGAUCGCAACGCCUGGAAGUAUGCCCCAGAGUUGCGAGCGGCUGUGGAGCAGGUUUGGAUGCAUCUCGAUGAUGUGCAGGGCCAAAAUGUGGAUACAGAGGAUCAGGGAAUGCUUGAGGAGUUGCAGGAUCACGAGUCAGAUCUGGAACAAGCACAGGAGCAACUACAAAUGCUGCAGCAGGCGCAGGUGUCAAAAACGUAGAAAUAAU